AUGCGUAUCGAGCUUUCGAGUUCCUUUGGCUUCUCCGUGGCCAUUUGCGCCUUCAACUCGCUUGUACCCAACUCAAUAUCUUCCAAUUUCGAAGCCUUCGCCUCUCGGAUCGCUUCGUCACGUAAGAUGCCUCUCUUCGAUCCGCUUCCCGGUACCUGGCAUGCCCGAGACAUAUUUCUCGUCAUUCCUCUUCGUCGUUGUUACUUCUCCGACCACGCCUUUGGGAUCUUGUUCUGGGCUCAUCUCGAAUCUCUCCUCUUGGGUGAAGACAUCUGCGAUCAUUUCCCGAAUGUUUUCGCCCGAAAUGAUAGAAUCGCCAAGGGCCGGGUUCAUCGAGGUAGAGCUUUUCUCGGGCCUGAUGGACUUUGUAUAGUGAUCCGUGGAGAGGUCUACAACGGCGGCGACAGAACUCUAGGCGUCUCUCCUCUCAGUAUAGCUCAGAUCUUGACGCAUCCCAACUAUGGACCUUGGUUUCUCAAUCUCUGCUGCAGAGAUCGCCGCCGAUUCGACAGUGAUCACCACCGUGGCAUCAUGAACGGCACUAUUCGAGCACCUAAGGUCCCCCGACAAAUUGCCUCGUCUAGCUCAUCGGGUCCUUCUGCUUCUGGAAGAGUUGGCAAUUUUGCGAAGAACAGCGCUACGAAGAAGAAAUCCUCCAAAAAGACAUCUGCUACAUCGGCAACUACAACCAAGAUCGAUGCUCUCACUGAACCUCGUGGAACCAUCAGCCCUAUCAACCACGACUCCGGCAUGCAAGAUACGGAUACAGAUCACGGUACUUUGUUCGUUCCAGAAGAUUAA